UCUCAUUUCUCUAUCAAUCACAGAGUUUGCUAACUAGCGUAAACGCAUCCGUAAAAACCUGCUUUUCACUUCUAGAGUGACUGAACGUGUUUCUUUGAAUCGACAGAGUGGAUUAACCACCGGAUAUGGCCAGAGGUUCAGACAUCAAUAAGGAGCUCUCAGAGGUACUGAAUGAGCUGUGGAGGUUAGAUGUGAACCGCAUGAAACCUGGAGUUGACUAUAAAAUCAACCUACAGGGGAAAGCUGGCUUUGUUGCUCAGGGCAGUAAUAAUGCCAGGGACAGUGCUAGAGCUCCUCUGUUCUCUUAUGUCAACGAAGACAAGCUCAAAAGCAUUGAUACCUAUGCCUACUUCCUAAAUCUGCUGGACAAUUAUGAGAUGGUUACAGGAGUGGCUGAGCAGGUGACAAAAGAGGAAAUUCAGGAGAACCAUCUUUUCCUGAAUGCCAUUCUGAAGACUGAGGUCAUGAAGUGUGCACACAAGUAUUUAGUACGCAAAGGUCGAGCCCAGUCGGACCCAGCUCUGUUUAAGAGGCAGCUCUAUGACAUCUGGUUCAAACUCUAUCACAGAGACAGAAGUGGAGGUGAAGAUUCCUGUGGAUUUGAGCAUGUGUUUGUUGGCGAAACCAAGCAUGGUACAGAGAUCAUGGGCCUCCAUAACUGGGUCCAGUUUUACCACCAGGAGAAAAACAAACAUGUGGACUACAAGGGAUACAAGGCCAGAGAUAAUAAGGAUACGCCAGAUGAGGAUGAUCACGUGUUAAACCUGCAGUUCAGCUGUAAUGGCCUGGUGAAGCCAGUGGGCAGCUGUUUCAUUGGCGUCAGCCCAGAGUUCGAGGUGGCCCUCUUUACUAUAGUCUUCUUUUUUUCAGCUGAACGUAUGACCAGCGUUAAGGUGAAGGUGGAUGAGUACAUGCUAGAGAUUGUGGUGUACAGAUUUGGGCACUCCAUCGGAACAUCAUACCCCAAAAUGAUCAGCAGCAACAACCGGGACCUCUAGAUCUCACAGCAAGGUCACGUCUUAUACGGUUAGAAGAAAAUGGGUUAUGUUUGACAAAUUGGGUUCAAUUAUCCAAACUACCACUAUUGCUAAUGGUUGCUUAUGAAGUUGAAAAUCCUAAACCCUUGAAAUCUUAGUUUUAAAAUAUAUUUUUCAUUUCAGUUAUGUCAUAUCACAAAUGAUUCAUUCCAAACUUGUGAUAAUAUGCUGAGCAUUGCAUUUUCUAUUCUAUAAUCUAGUCUGUACCUCUAUCAAAUGAUUUACAUGAUUAGAUGGUUAUAUGCAAAAAAACAAACUUGACAUCUGACACUGCAGAGAUGGCAUAUCUGUUUGCACUUAGGUCCUUUCUAAGCUAGUUUAAAUAUUGCUCAUAAAUGGUAUUAAAUGUGUAAAAUGCAUUAAAUGCACUAAGGUUACAAUUCAUUUCAAAUAAUACAAACAUUUCUUGUAGAUUAAUAUUUUUAUAUAAUAUGCUGGCACAAUUUAAUUUACUAAUUGAUAAGCAUGGUCAUACACCAAAAUUUAAAUGCUGCAACGCUUCAGAAAUCAUGUACUCCACUCUUAUAAUACAUAGUUAAAUGUAGUUAAUAAUAACCAGAAAUCAAAAUCACUCUUCUGCUUAUUUCGGCUUUCUUAAGACUUAUAGAAGACAGCUAAGUUACACUUCUGUUACUUGGGGUUUUAUAUUACAAAAUAUAACUUAGCUUUUGUAUGAUGACAACCUCAUAGUAAGAACAUAGUUAUUAUGAGGAAUGUACCAAAAAAAAGCCUCAAUGGGGUUGUAAUACUUGUGUUUUUGUAUUGUGGCAAAUACCUAAUGUGCCUUUAUGAUUGUUAGAAUAAAGACACAUAAUAAUGUCUUAAUAAUGUCUUCAUGUAUUUUUUUUUUUAUUGAUAUGUUGAAUUCCAGAACAUAAUACACAUUCUAAAAUUAUUUUCUUAUUAUUUUUUUACCAGAACAUUUAUGGAUUAUAAAUGAGCAAAGAUACAUAUUUUUCAAAAUCACAUCAUUGCUUUAAUUAUCAUAUUUUAUUUAAAAUAUAUUUAAUGUCUUGUGAGAUAUUUGUAGUACAUGGGGUGAAAGAACAAUUGUCCCCAAAAAAUUACAUUAAUACAUUAAAAUAUAUAGCAAAACUA